UGCCGUUCAGAACGAUACCGCCGCGAUAUCGCUCGGGAGUCAGCUCACCACUCGCCCCCCUUGCGGGGUGGAUAUGGCGAAGUCUUAGCCAUAGGUGUAGUUGUCUGGUGGAGGAAACCCCCUCGCGCAGCUGGAGAGACGAGUAUUGGAGUGUUUACAGUAAGUAGGAGGGCAUAGCGAAUUGGAAAGAAGAGAGUGCACUUCGGAGUGGCAAGAUGGAGACAACGCCGGGAGGGGAGGGAACGGGGAGAUCCCCCCCGCCUGCCCCCCACGAGGAAAGGGACUAUUGGGAGGAUGAGGACAGAAUUCGAGCAUUAUUGGCGAUGUGCUUUGACGAUGGCAUAUACCCAACAGAGAUAGAUCCGGGGGAGAUGGUAGUGGAAGGCAGGGUAGCGAGAUUCAAGCUGAACACCUCCCUCGACAACAUCAAGGUGAAGUGGCUAAAGGAGCGUACGGUGACGGUUAUUUAUAAAGAAGCAGCCAGAUUCUUACAGAGGGAAGUCAAGGACGAUCUCGUACGUGCCUUCGAAGACGGCUGGGUGCUGGGUAAUGAAGAUCUACCGGAAAACUCGAGGAGAGGAAGGAUAAAGAUAGAGGGACCAGGGAUAGCCUCGUACGUAGCAAAGGCAAAGGAGGUGGCGAAGUAUAUGAUAGAGGAAGGUCAAGUGGAGAUUACACUAGGGCAGGAGACGUACAGGCUUCUCUUUAAACCAUGGAUGACACGUGCCGAGUUCAGGGAGCUCAAGAAGCAGGAGGAGGAGAAAACGUUUUGGGUGAUGGCCCUGCAGAUCCCAUUAGACGAUAUGCCCUUCAUCUAUGCACAGAUAGAGAAAGCAAUAGGAAGGAUAGUGAAGGCACACCCAACCGAUGUAGAUCCGUUAAGACCAGCGAUGGUAAAUGCCCGAUUCAACUUAGACCCUGACGCUCGCGGGAACAUGAAAGAUGUGCUAUGGGUGGAGAUGUCGAAAGGGGAUGAACUUGAAAUUAAAUUAGCAACAGCGGGCACUUCGAAGUGUCGAACCUGCAAGCAAUUCUUCCACACGGAGGAAGAGUGCAGAAGGGGUACGCGAGGAAGGACUGGCGGAGCAACGUCAUUUUCAGCAAGACCGGAUCAAAGCAGACAACAGAAUCAGGCUUCCUCGUCGAACGGAGGGGGACAGGGGGCGGGCUAUCGAGGCCCGAUGGGUCUAAGGCAAACAACCCCGGCCCCGUCUCAGGGAACAUCUCAACCAGGACUGAUGCGCGAUAACCCAACCUUCUCCCCAAGAGGUUUUGGAAAUGGACAGCAACAAUCACUGGACCGAGGGGCAGUUCAACAGAGGGAACGAAGAGGAGUACAAUCCCCACACGGUGGUGGAGGAGGGAUUCAGCAGGGGACAUUGGGGGCGAAUUUGGGGGGCUUUCCCUCUUUCAUGGAGGGAGUAGGGUGGACGGGUGGUGUGCAUGGGAGUCAAGGCGGGAUACAACUACAUGGGGGACAGAACGGGCUAUGGCAAGGGGGAGGAUUGGCAACAAACUGGUUGAUGGCAAACGGGGUGCAUCCGGCGCUGUGGGCAGGAGACACCAAUGAAAUUAGGAAUUGGAGGUCAAUUUCACUGUUGAAUGUCUCCUACAAGAUAUUGGCUAAAACGCUGGCCCGCAGGUUGGGAAAGUAUUUGCCGCUGUUGGUGGAGGAUGAUCAAGCGGCCUUUGUGAAGGGUAGAUCCAUUUAUGAGAACAUUGUGACUGCGAUCGAGGUGUUGGAGGUGGUGGAUCAGGAGAAGUUGGAGGUAGUCGUCCUACUGUUGGACAUGGAGAAGGCGUACGACAGGAUGAACUGGUCGUAUGUGCUGACGACGCUCAGAACGAUGGGCUUUGGAGACAUGUUUUGUAAUUGGGUGAUUGCGCUCUAUUCUCUCUCCACUGCAGCUGUUAUGGUCCCCCCCCCCGCUCCGGAAGAACACGAGGAGGACGACGCUAGAGUAAGAGAGCUUCUUCGACUCUGCUACGAGGAAGGCAUCCUCCCCAGGGAUAUCGACCCAGGGGAAAUGACGGUACAAGGGCGCAACGUCAGAUUCAAAGUAAAGGACUCCAUAGAGAGACUCAAGGUACAGUGGCUGAAGGAGCGAACAGUCACCGUGAUCUUUAGGGAUGCAGCUCGUUUCCUCCCAAGGAAUGUGAAAGAAGACCUUAUCAGAGCUUAUGAGGAUGAAAGGGUACAGACAGGCGAGUUCGGUGAUGGCUUCAGCAGAAGGAGAGUUAAGUUGGAAAGCCUAAACGUAGCUUCGUACAUUGCAAAGAGCACCACGAUCUUUGCAUGGCUGGUGGAGAAACAAAGUGCAGAAGUGGUGCUGGCAGGGGACACGUAUAGGUUGGAGUUCAAACCAUGGCUUACCAACGCACAACUAAGGGAGCAACGAAGACUAGAAGACUUAUCGACUUUCUGGGUCAUCGCAGUUCAAGUACCGUUAGAUGCAAUGUUCUACUUGGAAUCACACAUCAGACGAGCAAUCGGUCCAGUUACGUUGAUGCACCGACCAGAACGAGAUCGUGAGAAACCGGCUCUCGUAAAUAUCAAGUUUGAUCUCGACCCGGAGGCAAGACCAAACAUGAAGGAUUCAAUAACAGUGGACACAUUCGAAGGAGAUGAGCUCGAGGUCAAGCUUGCGUCAUCGGACACUCCACGCUGUCGGAAGUGCCGUGCGUUUUUUCAUACAACGGACGAAUGCAGGAGAGGAGGGCGACCUCGUCAGCAGCAAGGCAGCGCAGGAGGUCAAGGUCAAGGCGACAGAGAGGAGGUGGCUCAGGAGGGUUCAUCCAGACAGGUUUACCAUGGACCGCUAGGAAGAGGAGGAGCAAGUGCUCAACUUGCGGCCUCCUUUGUCGGAGCUGGAUCGGCCCAGCCUCCAGAUACGAGCUUCGCAAAUAUUUAUCAAAAUCCUGCGUUCAUGGCGGCUCCGCAGGUCAUGCAGUCCAACGCGUCCCUGGCUCAGCUAUUUCAAGAGUUGGCGCUUGCACAAGCGGGUAAUACCGUCCCGCUUGGACAACCGUUGGGAACUUUCCCACAUAUGGUUAACCCAGGCUAUGACUUUCAACCUUAUCAAGAGACACAGAGCAGAUUCCGACCAUCUUGCCUCUUCCCGGGAGGAGGACAAGCAGAACAACAGGGAGGCACUGGCGGUGGUCCGAGCACCAGUCAAACGCCAGGCAAAAUAGAGCGUCCCGGGUCGGCGAAUCCAGGAGGGAGAAUAAGAGGAAGCACUCCUGGGAAGCACAGACGGGUAGACAGCGAGGGGCAAGAAGAGAUACCAAGGGAUUUGUCGACUUCGUCCCUCCCAAGAUCAGAAGGUUCAGGAGACCAAGAAACAAUCAUAGGAACUCCAGGCAUGAAGACUACUAGAAGGCGAACGCCAACGGCCUUGAGUCGAGGGCAGUUGGACAGUGUCGAGAACAGGAUUCUGCCGCUCAUGUGCCUCGCAGCUAAAGGGACGUUGUCGGUGGUUGCAUGGAGUGGAGGAGGAGUGCCGGAGCUAUUCAACACUGCAUCCCCGGAUCAGCCGAUGCCCCUUAAUUCCAAGUUCAUCAAGGGCUUCCUCACUGCGCCUUGGGACCAGCAGCUGUCGGCAUCCGGAACAGCCCUCCCCAUCCAACAAGUAACCGGGAAUCAGGGUAUGAAUGGGAACAAGGAGGAAGCUACUCUUAAGAGAAGACUAGAGGAGGUAGAGCUUAAGAUGGCACGCCACCCAAUCUCACGAUUAGCUUGGAGUAAGGAGAGAUCGAAGUUGAUAGCGGACUGGGACAGUCUUCAACAGAAGAACUCAGAAGUAUGGGCUAAAAGGCUCAGAGUCAAGGGUAUUGCAGUGUAUGAUAGAAUGAGCAAAGAAGCGUUUCACAAGCUCGCCCCACGACGUGCCUCACAAUUAAUUAACGAACUCUAUCAUCCCUUUGAUCCCCAGGCCCCAAAAGCUAGAGACUUAGCGAUGCUAAGCGAGUAUGCGGCACUGUACUACAAAGAUAUACUUACCUCUCGCCUUCAAGGUCAAGAGGUGAAAUCGGAUUUGUUCCAGCAGUCUUCGCACUGGGACAAUACAACUGCCAGAUUGCCCAACGCUGCUAGACUGCUCCUAGUCAGACCAAUUACGAAUGAAGAAGUCAAAUGCACCCUGAAGUCUAUGGCAACAGGGAAAGUACCGGGGGAUGAUGGAUUGCCAGUCGAAGUUUACCUCGCUAUUUGGGAUGCUGUAGGAGACAAUCUUGUAGAGCUGUAUAACUCAGUCCUUAUUGGAGGAAGCCUGGCUACGAAUAUGCGAAAUGGCAUUAUUUUCGUACUCUAUAAGAAAGGCGAUAAAUCUGAGGUAAGAAAUUACAGGCCCAUUGCUCUGCUGAACACCUCCUACAAGAUCUUAGCGAAAACGCUAGCUCGUAGACUAAGUGCUGUCCUCCCUGAGUUGGUCAAAGCUGACCAAGCUGCGUUCGUCAGGAACCGCUCAAUUUUUAACAAUAUUGCCACUGCUAUCCAGGCCUUGGAAGUCAUCUCAGACGAGGAGCUAAACAUGAUGGUUCUGCUUUUGGAUUUGGAGAAGGCAUACGGCCGCGUCAAUUGGUCGCAAGUUCUCUCCACUCUCAAGUGGAUGAAUUUUGGCGACAACUUCUGCUGCUGGAUUACUGCCUUGUAUGUCUUUUCUACUGCAGCGGUCAUGGUAAAUGGGAAGAUUUCUCAGAAAUUCAAGUUGUCCCGAUGCCUUAGACAAGGAUGUCCGCUUGCUCCUUUGGUAUUUGUAAUUCAAUUAGAGGUUCUCAUGAAUAACAUUAGAUCUCAUCCUCAGAUCCAAGGCUUGCAGAUAGGUAGCUUGGAAUGCCGAGUAAAGGCAUUAGCGGAUGACUUACUGGCCAUCUCUAGGAACAGCCCUGAGUCUCUGGGAGCACUAAAGAGCUGCCUUGAUGACUAUUCGACACUGUCUGAGGCAUCCGUUAACUGGCAUAAGUCGGUUUUUCUGUUACCUAGGCAGUACACCCCUACUCUCAGAUGGGGCAUGAAACAGGUCGAGGUCAACGUUUCGGAGAGGAGAUUGAUGGAGGGUUAUUCCUGCAAUGGUCAAGACAGGCAGAUACGGGCUUGGGAGGGUUAUCGAGGGGGUGGAAUGGAGGGUAUUUCUGCAGGAAAUACGGGAAACAGAUCGGGUGCACAGCAAUCGGUGGGGCACGGCCACUCGAGUUCAAGAGCCACUGAUGGUUACUCUUCUGGGAGGGGUCGCGGAUGGACAGAUCCAGUACAAUUGCCGCAUAGUUAUGGGCCGGCAGAGAGGAGCAGUGUAGCAGGAAGGGGUGCCGGUGCUGGCGUUGGUAGUGUUCAAGCCGGUGUACCUUACCCUGUGAGAGGAGGGUGGUCCCCUUCACCAGCUGAUAAUGGACAAGGGUAUGGAUAUGGAGGGCCAGCAGGAAGUGGGGCAGCAAGGGUUACUGGAGGGAGAGUGGGGGGAAUUUAUGGAGGGCCAGCAGGAAGUGGGGUGGAGAGGGUUAUCGCAGAGAGAGGGGGGGGAGUUUAUGGAGGGCCUGCACAAAGUGGGGCGGAGAGGGUUGACGGAGGGAGAAUGGGGAGAAUUUAUGGAGGGCCAGCAGUGAGCGGGGCGGAGUGGGUGAGAAGUGGCCCUGUUAGUCGGGAGAGGACCGUAACUACAACGAUUUCCUUGGACUCUCCAUCAGUGUCGGAAACACUCGAUGUCACCAUAACGAACGAGGCGCAUUCUGUCGACCAUUGGAUCAAUUCCCUGUCUCGGACAACUGCACGUCCGGUUACUCUUGGUUUUGACGUGGAAUGGCGGCCCAACUUUCAGUCUGGUGAAGAUAAUCCUGUGGCGACUCUGCAGCUAGCUUGCGAGAACCGUUGCUUGAUUGUGCAGCUCAUUCACAUGGUCGGAGGAGAAUCAGCAGCUCUAAGACAACUCCUCCUUUCUCCGCAUUCCACCUUCGUGGGUGUCGGUGUAAAGCGUGAUAUGAAGAAGCUAGAAGAAGAUCAUGGUUACGUUUGUCGGGGUGCCGUGGUGGAACUGGGCGUGCUCGCAGCACGGCUUUACAAUGACCGUAGCUUGACUGGCGCAGGUUUGAAAGGGCUUGGAGAAAGGGUUCUCAGCUAUACGCUCAUGAAACCGAGGAAUGUUACCAUGUCGAUGUGGGACAGUGAAGUUGGGACUGCAGCAGGUGCAGACUGUGGAGUUGCUGCAGCAACUGCCAGUGCUGGAACCUCUGCAAGUGUUGCAAGUCCAAUUGCUGAAUCAGCAAUUGGUGGUCCCUCCAACAGCCCUCCACAAGUUGACAAGAGGGUGGCACAGAUUCCACCUCGGUACGAUGGGAAAUUCGAUGUGAUUUCCUGGAUCGCUAAGAUGCGAGCCUGCUUUGUGGUGACGUAGAGGCAUUGGUGCACGAUGAAGACGCGGCCGCAGAAUGUCGGCAUCCUUGCGAUUGAGGUCUAUUUCCCUUGCAACUGUGUGCUGCAGUCGGAGCUUGAGGUGUUCGAUAAGGCCAGCGCUGGGAAGUACACAAUUGGCUUAGGCCAAGACCGGCUCGGCUUCUGCACAGACCACGAAGAUGUCAUCUCGAUGUCGCUUACGGUGGUACAAAACUUGCUUGAGAAAUAUUCGAUCGACCCGACGAAUGUGGGGCGGAUCGAAGUUGGCAGCGAAACAGUUAUUGACAAGAGCAAGUCAAUUAAGUCUUGUUUGAUGCUCCUGUUUCAGAAGAGUGGAAACAGCGACAUAGAAGGAGUCGACUCGACAAACGCUUGCUAUGGCGGAACCGCCGCCCUCUUAAACGCUAUGAAUUGGGUGGAGAGCAGCUCUUGGGAUGGAAGAUAUGCUAUCGUUGUGGCUUCUGAUAGCGCUGUCUAUGCGGAAGGACCGGCGAGACCUACCGGCGGUGCAGGCGCCGUCGCCAUGCUCAUCGGUCCGGAUGCUCCACUCGCCAUGAACCGGACCUGCGUUGCAACUUAUAUGGCCCAUACCUACGACUUCUAUAAGCCGAAACUCGCCAGCGAAUAUCCUGUUGUGGAUGGAAAACUGACACAGAUCUGUUUCCUGAGGGCGCUCGAUGCCUGCUACAAUCUUAUUGGCCAAAAGUUCGAAAAGCAAUGGCAGCGAAAGCUUUCGCUUUCAGAUGUUGACUUUGCUGUCUUCCAUUCUCCAUACAACAAGCUUGUGCAGAAGAGCUUUGCCAGGUUGCUUUACAAUGACUUCCUAAACCAUGGAGCGACUAUAGUUGACGUGAAACCCCUUCAUGCCUACGCUGGCAUCCCAGUGGCGGAGAGUUACACGAACCGCGACUUGGAGAAGACAUUGAUGACAAUCUCGAAGGAACAGUAUGCGUCCAAGGUCCAUCCUUCUGCGCUUAUCCCAAAGCAGGUCGGCAACAUGUACUGCGCCUCCCUCUAUGCAGGAUUGGCGUCAUUGCUGCAUUCCCAGAGGGAGAAAUUAACUGGGAAAAGAAUCCUCAUGUUCUCGUAUGGGAGCGGUCUAGCCUCCUCCAUGUUCUUCCUCGAGACGCGAGAUCCGUCGGUACAAAGUCGGUUCGAUUUGCGCCACCUUGCCGAUGUGAUGGGUGUGAAUCAUCUUCUGGAAUCGCGUAACAUUGUCAGCCCUGAGGAGUUCAGCAAAACAAUGGAGGUGAUGGAGACACGGUAUGGAGCGUGCGAUUUCGUGCCAUCCUCACCGCUCGAUCAGAUCCGCGAGGGGGUGUACCGUCUCACGGGAGUCGAUGAGAAGUUCCGACGAACUUACGAGAGGAAAUCGCGCUCUUAUGUUGUGCAGGAAGACAAUUAGCUUCCUGAUGCAGUCAUCUGUUGUCCUUUGCAAGGGGAAAAUGUGAGCGAAGGUAUAUUCAUAGAUGCCUACGACUGCCAAUAGGCACUUUCAGAAAACAUGGCGCUUUUUCAGACCUAGGAGCUUGCAAAGAAAAUAAAAAAACUGCUGCCAUUCAGUGACUGGAGAACAUGAGUGAAAGGCAGUAUUGAUUUUCUUCCAAUUGGAUGUUGUAUUAUCCAUUUGUUGCCGCUUGAGCAUCUUCACAGUGCCGAAACACAUCUUCACAGUUUUAGACACGCAGAGUGAGGUAAGGAACCCAGGAAACUCAGGAAAGUCCAAAAGUGCAUCCCGGUGUCCGUCUUUUUUCUGCGUUUCGUCGUAGUUCCUCUUUCAUGCUUUCUGGCCCUUCUUUGGAUUUCCAGCAGUUCAUCAACUGCAUGUAGAUCGGCAGUCUAUGAAGUGCUUCCUCUCGUUCUGUAGGAAGGAUGCUUGUUGAAGACAUUCACCGUCUUAACUCAGUGUGGACCAUGCAUCUACUACGAAUGUGACAUUCAUGUGUGUGUGUGUGUGUGUGUGUGUGUUCGCUAUACGCUUAAAAAAAGCAUGACUGUGUGUGCGCACGCACAUGCAUGCACAUGUCUGUGUGCACACGUGCAGGUGCCUGUGCGCGUGUGUGUGUUACCUCGCAUGUGUGUGUUUGCACACAUGUGUGUGCGUGUGUGCAUGUGUGUGUGUGAGUGUUUGCACACAUGCAUAUGCGUGGUUUGCAUUCACGAAACAAGGGGGAGGUAAACACCCAGCUGUGACAGAGAGGAGGGAAAAAUGGGAAGUAAGUCACGGUGGCGGUACGUGCUACCCUGCGCAUAGCGCGGAGGAACAUAGCUUCAGCUACAUGAAGACAACUUCUCUCAUGGUGCCUUGUUGAUGAAGGUUUGACAUUGCUGACAAUAAUUUUAUCGAUCGUUGAUGUAGUAAUGUUAGUUUUUAACACGAAUGAUGAUAAGGGAUGAUAAUUAUUUAUCGCCGUCUGUCGCUAAUGUUCUAUGUAAUCAUCACCACUGUUUAUUGUGAUAAUGUUC